UUUUGAAAUAACAAAAAGUCAUAUAAUUAAACCAUGUUGGAAAAUGAAUAAACCUGAAAAUAUUCCAAUUAUUACUCUUUCUGGUAUUGGAUGCUUAUCUGAAAUUUCUGGAGAACUUCCUCUUCCUUGUUCAGCGCUGCAGCCAUUACAGUUGUUUUCCAGCCAAAAACAGGCAAAUGAAGCAUUGCAGCAUAUUUAUAAUGGAACAGAAAACUCACUUGAAAUAGCACAACUUCUUUCCAGUGUAAAUAAUGCUUACUUAGAUUUUAAGGUUACAUCAAACAAUCAGCCAUCUCAACUGAAGGACAAUAAUGUUUUACCUCCAGUACUAAGAUCUGUACUAAAAAGUCAUCCAAAUAUUUUUCAGCCCCAAUUUGAAACUUAUCAUGGUUCACCUGUUAAAGGAAACAGCGUUGAGGCAUACUCAGUAAACCAAAGAAAGGCUUUUAUUCUACAUCAUCAGCAACAGCAACAACAUCGCCAACAACAACAACUACAGGAUCAUAAUCGUGUGCUGACUCAAUUUUCAAACUCUGGUUUCCAUUUAAAUAAUUCAGCUAUGGAUGAAUCUCCAUUGUUACAUGGAUACAUUCCAGCUGAUUCAACAAGUUCUCCAAUGAUUAGUAGUCCCAAUAUGCAACAGUUUUUUUCGGCAUAUCAAACAUCCUGUAGCCCACAAGUGCAAUACAGUAACAUGACAAGUCCAAAGUUUGUUUCCCCUGCAUCAGCAAGUAAUGCAGCAAUAAAUAAUAUGUCAUUUUUUCCUUCUAAUAAUGCAUCAUUUUUCUCAAAUGAUCUUUUGACAAAGCAACAACAAACUUUAAACUAUAUUUCUAAUCUACCCACAAACCAUAUAGUAUCUCAAUCACAUCGACAAAUGUCAACAUCCUUGAAUCAUUACCCUUCAUCAACUGUUCAUCAAUCAACCUAUCGAACACCUCAAUUAUGUCAACAGAUUUCACAAUCAAACCAACAAAUAUUACAAUUGAAUCAACAGAUAUCUCAAUCAAAUCAACAAAUAUCACAAAUGAAUCAACAAACAAAUAAUCAAAUGCAUCAAUUGUCAUCAACAUCAAGUACAGAAAGAACUCAAAUGUAUAAACAGAUGGCUACUUCAAAUCAACAAGUGCCACAGUUUUACCAACAACCAAUUCAGUCUAAAUGUAAUGUGCCUGAGCAUAAUAAAUGCAACAUAGCAGAGCUAGAUCAAAGAGCUCCUAUAUUUUCUCCACUUAAAACAAGAAAUCAGCGGUUACCUAACAAUAUUGGUCCUGAGAGCUCAAACUCUUCCAGCUUUUACCCUCUUGAAGAAAAGUCUAAAGUUGUUCCUGAAGAACAAUAUACAAAAAAAAAAUGCAAUGAAUCUUCUAACAUGCCCAUUCAAAGUGAUCAAUGCAAUAUAUCCACGAAGAAUGAGAAUUAUGUUAAAACAGAUGAAACAGAAAAAAGAUUGGUAUUGAAAGUACCUAAACUAAUCGUGCGAAAAGUAAAACAUUUUGAUGGUCAAAAGGAGGUUGAAACCUUAGAAGUAUGCAAAUCUCUAAUAAAGAAUAAUGAAGAACCUAUAGAUUGUAAAUUAAAUAAUGAAGAACGUAUCAAUUAUAAAUCAAAUGUAAACAAACGUAAGAAGAAAAAGAAUUUUAAGAAGAAUUUUUCAUCAGAUGAAAGCGAUGAUAAUCAAAAAAAAGAUUCCAAACGGUAUAAACCUACAAUAAUCACACAAAUUGAUGAUAAAUCCACUAUCAAGACAGAAACUGAUAAUAAACCCAUAAUAAAAAUGGAAAUUGAUUGCAAACCUACAAGCAUGACAGAAAAUAAUGGCCAACCUACAAUCAUGACUAAAAGCGAAGAUAAAACCAUAGUAAAGACAGAAAUUGAUGGUGUCGAAAUCAAAGCGGAAGUUAAAAAGUUUGCCUUUAUUUUAAAUAAAUUUUUGGAAAUGGAGUUAGAACUUGAUGCAGAUGGUGAAUUGGAUAUUAAUGAUGAUGCAGAGAUACCACCUGAAUCACUUUUUCCAAGACCAUUGAUAAAAAGUUUUUAUACUGAAGUUGCAAAAAUAAAAACAUGUGGUAUACUUAAUAAGGUACCUGCUGACCAAUUAGUGCAUAUAAUCUCUUCAAUGGAUCGACAUGUGCGAGAUUCUAUUCAAUUAUGUCUAAAUCAGGAUGACGAUGAAGAAGAAGGAACAAAGUGGUUUAAAUUGCAAGUUGAACGUAUUCUACGGUCUGCAGAGGCAGCAUGUAUCAUACUUUAUUUAAGAACAUGUCCAGAUAUGCCAAAACAAGUUUAUUUAGAGGAGGCACUAGAACAUAUUAUUUUGUUUUGUCAGCAUCACCUUGAAACUACUUUAUACCCUAAUUUUGACCCACUCUAUAAACAUUCAAAUGAAGAAAGUUUUUCAAAGAAAUCUCGUAGUCAUGUCGUAGACAAGUCAAUUUUGCAAAUUUAUAAUAAGUUAUGUGAAGUCGUCUCUCUGUUAGCAGAUACUUUAGCUAUGGAAACUUUAACUGAUUCAUCCAUUCUGAAGUUAUCUCAAAUUGCAAUUUCUUCAUUCUUUGUUGAUCAAGUCAGUGUACUUCAACUUAGUGCUUUGAGAGUAGCACGUGCAAUAUUUAGAAAUUAUGUUAAACAUCGUGACUUAAUAAUGGAUGACAUUUUAGCUUCUCUUGCAAGGCUGCCAUCAUCUAAAAGAAAUUUACGUAGUUAUAAACUAGAAGAAAAUGAUUCCAUCCAAAUGUUUACAGCACUAGUUCUUCAGCUUGUUCAAUGUACUGUCCAAACUUCUUGCAAAACUGACUCAAAAGAUAAUUUGCAAAAUAUUGUAGAUAUAAAUAUUUUGAUAGUAAAAAGUUAUGAAGAUUCAUUGAGAGCUGCACAAAACUUUCUAUCUUUUUUUUUGAAAAAAUGCUCAGCAUCACGAGAAGAAAAUGAUUACAGACCAUUGUUUGAAAAUUUUUUACAAGAUCUUUUUACCACAGCAAAUCUACCUGAAUGGCCUGCAGCUGAAGUUUUACUUAUGCAAUUAAGUCAUUUAUUUGUUGUGACAUUUAGCAGUAGCAAAGCAGAUAUGAAUGUUCGUUCUUCUUCAAUUGACUAUCUUGCACAAAUUGUUACUCAUUUACGCAGUAAUAUUCUUAAAAUAGAACACGAUGAUCGAAAAGACAAAUUAAGAACAAUUGUUGAAAAGCUAAUAAAUCCUGCUGGUUCUACAGAUGAUAUUCCAGUUAUUGAGGAUAUGAGCAUAUAUGAAGACAAACUCCGUACGUGUCUAAUAUCAAGUUUGAGCUUAUUUGGGAAGGGUGAUGAAUCAUACAAGUUUGCUUGUGAAUUUUACAUUGGGCAAUGGAUAAGGGAUGUUCAAAUUGAAAUAGAGCAGUAUAUUGUGUCUCCUAUGGCAUCAAUUCCUGGUGCAUCAUCUAAGUUAUGUUUUAAAAAUGAAGAUGAUAAAAAGAUUCCAAACCCAAAUAAAUUGCAAGAGUUGGAAGAGAAAAAAGAAUUUUAUCAUUCUUUAAUAAAAAAUUACAACAAGAUAUCUACUUUGCAAAAGACAUGGAACAUUCUGCCGUAUGAUAGUUGUUCAAUAAUAGCUAGUCAUUUAGCGUCAUACAGAACUUUUUCUCAAAAUUUUGAGGUGUAUUUGCAGCAAAUUUGCAAGAUGUUAAGUGAACAAGCAAUAGCAUUGCGCACUAAAGCAGUUAAAGCUCUUACUAUGAUUGUCAGUGUUGAUUCAACUAUACUUAUGAGAAAAGACAUCCAAGAUAAUGUCCAUGGUAGACUCCUUGACCCAUCAACUAAUGUUCGUGAAGCAGCUAUUGAUCUAAUUGGACAAUUUGUUCUCAAGUCUAUCGACCUUGUUUCUCAGUAUUAUGACAUGAUUAUUGCACGGAUACUUGACACGGGGGUUAGUGUUCGAAAAAGAGUAAUAAAAAUCUUAAAAGAUAUCUGCAUUGAACACCCUGAUUUUAAGUAUGUUCCUGAAAUUUGUGCUAAAAUUAUUAGAAGAGUUGAUGAUGAAGUUGGAAUUAAAAAACUUGUAACUGAAGUAUUUCGCUUGAUGUGGUUUCAACCUGUUUCUGACAUCAACAAGUCAUCUGCAAUUCUUUUCACAAAGGCUGUUAAUAUUACCAAAGUUGCUUCGUUAUGCAAGGAUACUGGUUUUGAAUGGUUGGAAAUAUUGCUAGAAAAUCUGCUUGAUCCAAAAAAUGCAAGUUUGCGAGCUUCAACAAUGACUGCAUGUCAGCAACUUGUUGAUUGUCUCUUCCAAAGACUUUUAAAUCCUGAGCAAAAAUCAGACACAAAUAUGAUUGUAUCAUGUUUGAUGACUCUAAACCUUUUUUGCAAAGUAUGCCCCCUUCUUCUAAUCCCACAUGCUACAAGCCUUCAGCCAUAUUUAAGCUCAAAAGUUAAUUCUCCUUCAGAUCUUGUUGUCAUACAAAAUGUUAGUAAAAUCUUGGAGUUGGUUGUACCACUAAUGGAUCAUCCAAACCCUAAAUUUUUGGCUGAACUUGAAGAAGAUUCUAUGAAACUUAUGUUGCAACAAACACAAAAUGUAGUGCAAUCCUGUACAAGUUGUUUAGCCGCAAUCGUUAAUAAAGUUACCCAUAAUUAUAAGUUUGUAAUUGAUGCUUUCAAUCAGUUUUUAAAAUUUUUAACAAGUUACCAAAAAGAGCAUAAGAAAUCAUCUAAUAAUCCUUCUUUGAAAACAAAGCGAUCAACAUUAUUACGAGCAUUAUUCACAACUGGUUUAUUUUGUCGAUAUUUUGAUUUCGACGCCCAACUCAAAAGUGAAAGCAGUUCAAAACCAAUUCUGGAAAGUAAAGAAGUAUUUCAUAUAUGCAUAUAUUUUACAGACUUUGAUGAUGAAGAAGUAAUGCUGAAAGCAAUACUUGCCGUUGGCUUUAUUGGUAUGCGUUAUCCGUCUUAUCUUCUUGUGGAUGAUUGUAAAAGGUUGUAUCAAGAUAUUCUUAAUCCAAGUUCUAUUUCAAUAAAAGCAAAAUUUACUGUUUUGAAAAACAUGCUAAAUCAUUUGGUAGAGGAAGAAUGCAGAUUGCACGAUGCUGAAAAAAAAAAAGACAAAAUUCCCAAAGUUGAACAAAAUGCUGUUGAAAAACUUGAUAUCAAGGAAAUAGGCGAUGCUAUGUCUGGAUCAACAAGUGAGUUGAUACAAUUUCUUCUGCCAGACAUUAUGAAAAAUUUUUUGCACUCAGAAAGAGUAGUGAGGGUUUCAGCGCUUCAAGUUGUUGCAUUGGUUUUGGGGCAAGGUCUUGUUCAUCCAGCUCAGUGCAUUCCAUAUUUGAUUGCAAUCAGUACAGAUAAUGAACAUGUUUGCCAUGCAAAAGCAGAACAAUGCUUAAAUGAUUUAGACAGCCGCUUUCCAGGUUUUAUUCACAUGAAAGCAAUACCAGGUGUAAAAAUGGCAUAUCAACUUCAAGUUAUUAUACAAAAAAAUAAUGGUGGUUAUUUGGUUGGUUAUCGUGAAAUUGAAAACAAAAUAUCAUUAGUCAAUCAUGUUUACACUUUAUUGCAAUCAAAUAAACAACAUCGGCGCUAUUUUUUAAAAACCUUACUGCAAUUGGUUGAACACCAGAAAACACCCAAUGACUUUCAAUAUUUUCUUGUGGAAAACUUAGCAUAUUUAAACUAUAACACAUGCGAAGAGCCCUUAUUUCUUAUACAUAAUAUAGACAAUGCAGUUUCAGUAACUGGGACCAAUCUACUUUUUAAUUUUAAAAAGCUUCUUCGAUGCUCAAGAAUUGAUGAAGAAGAUGUUGAAUUACAUGAUUUUGAUAUUCCUGAGAAAGAUAUUUCUUGUUUAUUAACAUCAUCAUUUGGAAGCAUGUUAUUACUAGAACUUAAAUGCUACUUAAAGUCUAUUUUUGGGCUAUCAGAAAGCAAAUGUCAAAAGUAUUCUCCAUCUGAACCUUCCAAACUUAACGACAAAUCUCUUAGCAAAAAAACUGACAAAGACUUUCAAUCUGAGCAUAAGGAGCUUAUAUUUUCGACCAAUAGAGACAGAGAAUCAAUGUUCAAAUACUAUGAGUCGUUUAAACAGCAUAUUAUGAAUCUGGACGCCGAGCAACAUAGCGAUAACGAGCAAACUAAUGAGAGGUCAACUAAUAAAUAUGAGGAAGAAACCAUCAAAUUGGAAUUUCAAGAGACGGAUGUAUCUAGAUGUUUAUCUGAUGAUACAAGACCAGCUUUAGUUCAGUUAAGAAGAAGUUCGCGUUCUAGUAAAGGAUCUUCUGUUGAGCUUUAAAUACUCAAGUUAUCAAUUAACAACUGAUUGGUUUGACUUUAAAUACUCAAGUAAUCAAUUAACAACUGAUUAGUUUAAUUUUAUCUGGACGACUAAAUUAUUAACGAAUUGGUUCAGCUUUAAAACCACAACUAAUCAAUCAAAUAUUUGGUUUAACUUCAAGUAUUUAAAUAACUGAUCAACGUUUUAAAAAUGAAAUUUUAAACUUGUUGAAACGGAUGUUUAUAUUGUCAAUAAGAAAGUGUUUCAAUCUUUUGAGUUAUCUCCAUUAAAUGAAAAUAACUUAAGAAGUUUAAAUCUCUUGAGUUAUCAUAUGCAAUUUUUAUUUUAGUAACAAUUUUGAUAUAUUUUAUUUAUUGUACAUUACUAAAAAAGAAUGUUUUACAUAUAUAAAUUUAUUAGUUGUAUUACAAUUGUUAAUUAUAGUUGCUGCUCUUUUA